AUGGUUCCAAACCUCUCAACGGCGCUCGUCGCCCUCUCUGCGCUCUCAUGGACUUCGGGAGCCUCGGUCGUCACGCGACAGGCUACUGGUGCCUCCGAGUGCCGUGAUGUGCACAUUUUCCUUGCGCGUGGAAAUAAUGAACCGUAUCCCGGCCGACAGGGAAAACUCGUCACAGCAAUUUGCGAUGGGCUCGACAGCUGCGAUUAUGAGGACAUUCAGUUCUGGAAUCCUUUAGAAGCGCCGUAUUGCCAGUCCGUCGAGGAGGGUGCUGCCAAUGGUACGGCACAAGUGACCGCAUACAACAAGCGGUGUCCGAACUCGAAGCUCGUCUUGAGUGGAUACUCACAGGGUGGCCAUGUCAUUGGCGAUGUCUUGGGUGGUGGAGGUGGCAGGUUCUUUCAGGACUGCCUCCAGAAGUCGAACCCGGGUCUCGACGCUACGAAGGCGCCGGGAAACAAGAUUGCUGCUGCGCUCAUCUUUGGUGAUGUACGGCACACGCAAAACCAGCCGUACAACUACCUUUCAGGAUCCGGCGCCCAGGGAUUGUUUCCUCGCCCCGAGGAGCAGCUUGCGGGAAUGAGAGCGUACUCCAAAGUGAUGCGCUCGUACUGCGUUGAUUCGGACCCUAUCUGCGCUGGCGGUGAUAUUUCCGCAAACCACCUGAACUACUUCGAUAUCUAUUCCGGAGAUGCCGGCAAAUGGGUUCAGCAAAUGGUCGGUAAUGCAGAGACAACCACUUCGAGCAAGGCGGCCUCGACCUCAACAAGCGCCUCAACGAUGCGUACGAGUACUUUGGCGAGUUCAUCGGCAAGCGUGACAGCAACUAGUGCCUCUAGUGUGUCAUCAGCCACUGGGGCUUCCACCACUGUGGCGAUAACCACUGGCGGUGCGCCAUCGACCGGAGCAUCCACUCCGGCUUCGCCGACAUCCGAUGUUCCCGGGUCCUCCGCAACCCCGGCAGCUCCUAACAACACAGCAGGCAACUUAGCUUGCAAUUUCAUGCUUCUGGCUUUCACGUUUGUUGCGGUGGUAAUUGCAGUCUAA